CUCCGUGGUGCGUCAUCAAUUGACUGCUUACUUUCGUCUGCAGUAUUCAAAAAGGUUCUGACCGUCUUGCUUCCCAGCUACCACAGGAUCCGAGAUCACAAUAUUAAACACUAGCCAGAGUCAAAACUUCCUAGAUCCAAAACUGCCCAAGUGUCAAUUCAAACCAAUUCACACAGUAAAAACAGCCCAACAUGUCGAAGGCAGCCCCAUACCAGCAGGACGACAAGCUCGGCGCCGAGCUGGACAAGAAUGCUCCCGAGGGCCAGGUCUACGACCCGUCCUACAAAACUGGCAAGAACGAGCCCGUCCCCGUCAUCGACGACGAAGCCCAGGUCGAGGACCCCAUGAAGCCGGGCAAGGCUGAUUCGGAUAAGCAGCUUGAGCAAGAUGAGCGCGAGGCGAUUGACAAGGGCAACAUCAUGAAGGACAGGAUGCGCCAUGCCACCAAGCCGAAGGGCACUUAUGCUGAGCCAUCGGAUGAGCAGAUGGGGCUGAUGGAGUGAACAAAUGUGAAGCUACGAAGGUUCAUGGCGUUGGCUUGCGUUGACUUUGUGAUUGCGUGCUAUUACCGGCCUGAGCAGAUCACUGGGUAUGUUGUAUUAUUAGACAGUGGUUCAAGCGACAGUUCAUUAGUCAAAAUUCUCCCAGUAACCAUCG